AUGGACGCAAGCAGAGCAUCGGACUUCAGCAUCGAGCGCAUCCUUUCCCCGCAGCUCGGAUCCAGGACGGCGGUGAUGGAGUUUUCCCCGGACGGUUCCUCCCAGGAGAUCCCCGCUGAGUUCGAUUGGGACUCCCGGAACCUCUGGCCUCGUGCACCGGUCCCGGUCCCGGGGGAAAACUGUCUGCAGCACCGAGAAAUGAGCGUCGGCGAGGACUUUUAUCCGCAUGGUUUCCAUCACACACACUUCUCCAGCAUGUAUCCAAACCCCGGAGUGUACGUGCACCAGCCCGCAGGAGCGCAGCAGUGGCCGGGCCACAGUGGGCUCCACCGGCUUGUGUCCGCGCAGUCGCACCUGCGCCAGAAGGCCCGGAUGAGGACGGUGUUCACCGACGGUCAGACCAAGCGGCUCGAGUCGCUGUUCGAGAUCACGGACUACCCGGCCGCGGAGGCGCGCGCUGAGGUGGCGAGGAGCACCGGGCUGAGCGAGGAGACCGUCAGGGUGUGGUUUAAGAAUCGCAGAGCCAGGAGGAAGCGCGGGUUGAAGGUGAAACCCUCUUCACCUCCCCGAAGUGCUGGAGAAGAGAAUAAGUUCUUCACCUCUUUCCUUUGA